AAUAAGAGGCAGAAGAGCUCUUUAACAUGAUCCAGAAACUGUGGCUCCGCUAUCAUGAUGGGCGUCGGUUCCUGAUCGAGAAGCAUUUUCCUGUUCUGUUGCUUUCUUUCGUUUGUUGGUCCGCAGCAUGGGAGGAUGUUUUAUGCUUGUAUGGACGAGGAACAGAUGAUUAUUAGGCAGUCUAGGUUGCAAAGUUUUGAGCAUGAGGGGAGUGCCCCGCUUGAUUUGUUUGCGAGGUUUCUUUUGAGUCUCCCGAUAUCAGAGAACGUAGAACCACGGAAUAAACGUUUACAUACCGCACGAAGAGUACCAAAUCCCCAUCAUCACAGGCUAUCAAGGCAAAUCCGACUCCGAAAUCUGCAACGUCCCUCGAGAAUUCCUUUCCAAGAUAGAUUCGGGGGUAAAACUAUCCAAGAACUGGACCGCAGUGCUGGAUGGGGAUUCUGUUUCCCAGUCGGCGGUGGUCAUGCACUACGCUUACCCGAAAGAAACUUGGGAUCUCAGCUAUAGUGAGCAGGGUAUACCAGGGACAGGGGAGGUUUCCGAUUAAGGAUGUUUGGGGGUUUUGGUGUGCGUUUGGGAGUGUUUAUGGGGCUGUUGAGUUAUUUUCGAGGGAGGAGUAUUUGGGCGAUGAUGGGAUUUUGAGGACGGAGGAGCCUGUGGAGGGGAAGGGUAGGGAUCAGAGGGGGGCGUUUUGAUGUAUCAUACGAGGC